AUGGCAGACUUGUACGGUAGCAACAGCAUCCGCAACAACGGCGUCAACCAUGACAACAACGACAACCUGGGACAUCGCCUCCGACCCGACAGACCACCGACAGCCGCUGCCACCACCGCCGCCGCCGCCUCAACGACGGCAAACACAACCGCAGACCUGGCCGCCGCCGCAGCUACCACCGUGACAGCCUCAGCCGCAGCUGCAGCCUCGUCCGUGUCUCCGAAGCCGACCAAGCGGUCCUCGGCGACAACAUGCGUAACCUGCCGGGCCCGUAAGGUCCGCUGCGAUGGCCGACGCGACAUCUGCAGCAACUGCGAACGCCUAGGUUUCUCAUGCACCUACGAAGACCCAACUUCAGAUGCUAAUGGUGUCGCUGCCGCUCCCGCCUUUCCCCUGCCGAGACGCCGUGUCCGGCAAGCAUGCCAGAGCUGUCACUCACGUAAAGCUCGAUGUAGCGGCCACACCCCGGCUUGUGAUCGGUGUCGCACCCAAGGUAUCGAGUGCGUCUACAGAGCUUCCAAACGCACUCGGCUGAGCAUCAACCCCCCCGGUCUCAUUGGCCACAUUGCGAGAUCACCAGCCUCAUCGAAUUCGGCGGCCGCUACCAACCGUGACACUCAGAACCGUCGGUCAUUGUCCAGAGAAGAUGCGGCGCACGAUUCUGACGCAGCCAUGGCCGAUGCCAUGGCGUCCAACACCCCGAGUACCUUCAAUCAUGAUCUGUCGGCACCUGAUCCUCAGUUCGAGUCUUUGAUAAGUCGAGCUCUGGACAAUUUCUUCCGCCAUGUUCAUCACAUUCCCAUGCUGUCCUUCCUUCACCGAGCCUCUCUCAUGCAGCGCCAUAACGUUGGCGGACUGGAUCGACCGCUGCUGCUCGCUCUCAUUGGCAUCACGAGCAUGCUCACUGACCUUGGCCCGGGAACGAGGGAAUAUGGCGAAAAAUGUGUAGAUGAAUCCGAAGGACUCAUCCUGAAAGGUCUUGAGAAUGCUUCGACGAUUAAGGUGCAAACACUUGCUCUCAUAAUCAAGUAUCGCAUUUUGACUCGACACUUCUCCAGCGCCUUUAUGCUUGCUGCCACCGCGGCCCGAUUCGCCACAGCUCUCCGACUCAACUACGACAACCCAGAUCUUUGCUUCCUCGCCCAGGAAUCACGCCGUCGCCUCAUGUGGGCGCUCUUCAUGAUUGACCAGGGCAUGGCCGGAGGAUAUCGUGACCUCACCUUGUGGACGCCAGAGACGAUUCACAUUUCCCUUCCUUGCAACGAGAGAGACUUUGAAUUCGACCUUGCUCCGCCUUCUUUGCGACCCUUGGUACCCAGUCCCGACGAGUCCGAAAACGACGACAUUGGCAGCUUAGCAUUACACGUACGCAUUCUCUGGCUCCGCGGCAGGAUUCUCAAGUUCGCCAAAAGAGCUUCGAAUUGUUCCCACGACGAUCUCGGACGCCUGCAGGAACAACUUCAAUCGUUUGCAAAGGAGCUAUCAGACUUUGCUGAGCGCUUGCCUGUAUCAUUCCGCUGGUCCGACAACAGCCUGCGAUUGAGGGCAUAUUCUCCACGCCUCUGCGUCUUCAUCAUGAUCCAUGUCUGGUUGCGGCAAUGCAAUUGCGAUCUUUUCCGGAUAGGACUGGUUGGGCUUCGCGACUCUUUGACUCGAUCGGCUGCCGAACGGCUGGGCCCCGAGUUCAUCGCCGGUUGUCAGCGCCAGUGCUAUGAGCAUGCGAUGGAAAUGUCAAACAUGUUCACCUCCGUCAGAGCAUUGGACCACUACCCCGUCGCGGACCUCGAUAUGCCCGUGUGCGCGUAUCAAUGUGUCCGCAUGUUGUACUAUAUCUACCAUCUGAACGCGGAAGAGUACGGUCUCACGCCGGAUCUCCUUCGUAAAAAGGCUUCACUUUGCCUCGAGGUAACCAAGGGCUGUUGUUCUGGAACAGCUGCAGUUUCAAUUCAAGCCGAUCUUCAACGCCUUAUGGACCAUGGUCUGUCGAUACAGGCUACCCCUAGCCGGCUGCUUAGCGAAGAGCCCCAAGACGAAAGAAACGGCAAUGGUACCAAACGUGUCCGCCUUACCCGCGCGAAGCAGGUACAGUUGGCGGACGACCCAGAUAGAGGCGCACCGGCGGCCGACGAGCUCACCAAUCGACCGUUUGGCAUCGGCGCGUGGGAAGAUAUACAGGUCCCUGAAUCCAAUAAGCCAGACGAGCAGGCGCCUGUACCACCACAGCCUACGGCCCUUGGCUCGCUGGAGGUCAACAAUGCAUUUGAAGGCGCACUUGAUAGUCUCGAUUUCAACAUGGAACCCAUGGGUUUGGAUUCCCUGGCAUGGUUCUCCAAUGAGUGGGCACAGGGCGAUUUCCAGGGCGAGUUCUAA